GAGCACGAGCUCCCGCUGAGCCGCACUAACAGAAGCGACCUCAGAACGGCGUGCAGGACUUUAAAAAGCUGAUUACUCCUACUGCUCGAAAACGGUUGUCGGUCGUUAGGGUAGGAAGGGUAGUAAGGCGGGGCAGACGCGUCCAAGCGCCCGUGCGCCACGGCUGCACAACUUCAGAAGCCUCGCGCAGAGCAACUUCUCCAAAUACGAACGUUUGUCCCCACCGUCGGCGCGAUGGCUUCGGUGCUCGGGAGCGGUGCCCGCGUGUCCGGGACCCCCAACAACCAAGUGAAAUGCAAGUUCAAGAGGAGAAGAAGGAGAAGGUCCAAACGAAAAGAAAAAGUGAGCAGCAUGUUGUCUGCUCUGAUUGUCCCGUUCAAGUACAUGAGUCCAGGACCAGGCAGCACAGUGGAUGAAGACACUUUGAGUACCAGCAGCGCAGAAGUCAAAGAGAACCGUAAUACGGGCAACCUGGAGGACUGCUCCAUCGUCUCGUCGGACCGGCCAUCCCUCUUCCUGUCUGAUGCCGCCCGGGGCGGGGCCUCCCGUCUGAAGCGGAAGCGCCCACUGGAGGAAGACAAUAACGGUCGCGCCUGUAAGCCGCAGGUGCGCUGCGGAGCGCCAGCGUGGUCGGAGGUGCCCAAGAACGCCCUGGUCCAGCUGAACGAGCUCCGGCCAGGCCUGCAGUACCGCACAGUCGCGCAGACGGGCCCAGUGCACGCCCCCCUCUUUUCCAUUGCCGUCGAGGUCAACGGGUUGACUUUCGAGGGUACGGGCCCCACCAAGAAAAAAGCCAAGAUGCACGCGGCCGAGCUGGCCCUGCGGUCCUUUGUGCAGUUCCCCAACGCGCCACAGGCCCACCUGGCCAUGGGCGGGGGCGGCGGAGACCCCACAGCGGACUUCACCUCCGACCAUGCCGACUUCCCCGACACGUUGUUCAAGGGUUUCGAGCCGGACGGCUGGCGCACGGCGGGAACGGAGCUGCUCUCCGGUGCUCUCCGCCUGCGCCACUCGCUGGACCUGAUGGUGGUGCAGGCGGAGCAGGGGGCGCCCCGGCUGGCGUCCGCCUCCGAGCCGCCUCCGCCCAGCCCCGUGGUGUUGCUGAACGACCUGCGGCCCGGCACGCGCUACGCCUGCCUGUCCCAGCGGGCCCCCGGCCGGCACCAUCGCCACGCCUUCGUCAUGGCUGUGCGCGUUGACGGCAGAAUUUUCGAGGGCUCGGGCCGCAGCAAGAAGCUGGCGAAGAGGCAGGCAGCGCUGAGUGCCCUACAGGCGCUCUUCAGUGCCUGCCAGGCGCCCGACGCCAGGGCCGCACACGUACCCGGCAGGAUCAAGUGCCCUCAUUUACCCCAGGGCUUCGCAGACACCGUGUUUCAUUUGGUGAGGGAGAAAUACAGCGAGCUGAUUGGCCGCUCCUCCCCCGCGUGUCAUAAAGGGCUGGCGGGCAUCGUGAUGACGAGAGGACUGGAUAUGAAGCGUGCUGAGGUCGUGGCCUUGUCCACUGGCACUAAGUGCAUUAGUGGCGAAUAUCUGAGCAGUCAGGGUCUGGUAGUAAACGACAGCCACGCCGAGGUCACGGCCAGACGAGCCCUCCUACGGUUCCUCUACUCCCACCUGGAGCUGCACCUCAGCAAACGCGAGGAUGACCGGGAUCAGUCCAUCUUCGUCCGACAUAAAGACUCGUGUUUCCGGCUGAGGGAGAACGUUCUCUUCCAUAUGUACAUCAGCACGUCGCCCUGUGGGGACGCCCGCCUCAACUCACCCUACGAGUUCACCGCUGACUUCUCCACGCAGAGCGGCAGACGCCUGGCGAGAAAGUUCCACGGUCACCUGCGGACGAAGGUGGAGUCCGGAGAGGGGACGCUGCCCGUGAGGUGCCGUGCGCCCGCGCAGACGUGGGACGGGGUCCUGCAGGGCGAGAGUCUCGUCACCAUGUCCUGCACCGACAAGAUGGCCAGGUGGAAUGUGCUUGGCCUGCAGGGGGCGCUGCUCAGCCACUUUGUGGAGCCUGUGUACUUGUACAGUUUGACAGUGGGGAGCCUGAGGCACACGGGUCACCUCUCCAGAACACUGAGGCAACGCCUGCCUCACCUGGGACCGCUCCCUACCUGCUACCGGCGCAGCCAACCCGUCCUCUGCAGUCUCGGCAGCGGCGGGUUGGGGCGGCAGGUGAAGGCUCCGUGCUACGGUGUGAACUGGACCGUUGGGGAUGCGCAGCUGGAGGCGAUCAACGCGUCCACGGGGAGACGGAAGGAGGGCACGACGCCAUCCCGACUCUGCAAACACGCUCUGUUCGAGCGCUGGAACAGACUGUACCGCAAGCUGGUAGUGAGAGGCCUGGGUUCGAGAGACGCGCCUUUGAUGUAUAGCGAAGCUAAGCAGGCCGCUGCCUCCUACCAGACUGUGAAGGAGCACUGGCUGCGUGUUCUGCAGGACGCAGGCCUGGGGCCCUGGGUGCGCAAACCGCCCGAGCAGGAGCACUUCCUGCCCACCGCGUGACGCUGCGCCAGACCAUGAGAGCCCACAUGAGAUUGGCUGGAGCAGACCGCAGAAGUCGAUAUCCUAACCUGCACUCUGCAAGGCGAGGCAGCCUACCCGUUACGCUCGGGGCAACAUGGCCCUGAUGAAUGGUGGCAACCAGCCCCCCCAAAAGGGGGCCAGGGGCACCUCGAAUGGCAAUGAUUCUUACAACCUUACACUCCCAAACUACAGUCCCCUUUUUCUGAUCACCGUCACACUAGUCUAAAAAGUGUGUGUGUGUGUGUGUGUGUGUGUGUGUGUGUUCACCUUCACCAAAGUGAAAAGCAACAGCCAUCUUGUCAUCACUUGCCUGUUUCCGGAUGGUUGGCCCCAGCAGAGAGUUCUUGCACACUGUCCAAUUAAGAGCCUUGUCAGAAUGAUGCGCUCUCGCUCUCUCUCUCUCUCUCGCUCUCUCGCGCUCUCUCUGUCAUUCUAUGUAAUGAUUCCACCAAAAAAAAGUGGGUGAUGGAGGGUUUGACAUUGCACAGACAGGUUAAUUCACACCCUUUUCAGUGUGCAGCGCAGGGAAUAUGAAUCAGGGAAAGGCGGUAAUGGUGACAAGGUAACAUAAAUGGUGCCAUUAAGAUACACCGGCUCUCUGCAGAGGGCUUGGCAUGGCAGGCUAGCAGAGUAAGGGCCUUAAAAACCUUUCCCCCGACCCACUUCACAGGUGACAUGCUGUUUUUCUGUUACUUGCUACCACUGUGUAUUUACAGGGAGGGUGAGGAUUAUACCCCCCACACAACACCCCCCCCACGUCAUUUGGAAGAAAGGACACCAGUGUUGUUGGACAGAUGUUGCGCAAGGCCUAGGGUUGUUGAGGUGUCGGUUCAUGGUUUAAUUUAUGUGCCCUGAAUGGCGUUUGGUAAUGGCCCCUGUUUAACCUGGACAAACAAAGUCAGCAUGUAGAUUGCAGUCAGGUAUUCUGGAUCUUGAUGUUUUUCCCUCCUCUAUGUGCACCUCUGAAGUUUAGCAUGCGAGUUCUAUAGUACCAGGGAGGGUUUUUAGGAGGGAAAAACAAAAACAAACAUUGAAUCUCAAUACUGUCUUUCACUGUGAUAGUUUUUUUUUUGUUGUUAUUCUCUCCAUUUUCUCAAAGACCCAUUCAUCAUCUGUCCAGUAGCUAACACAGCACAGGGAACAUGAAUAACAUGCAUUUUCUACGUUGCUGUCAGGGAUCUGAGAGGUAGCCAGGCUGUGACAGGCAGUGAUUAGCUUUUAACACAAGUUUUGUUUUCUGAAGUACUCGUGUUUAUUCUUUUGGACAUGGGGAUCCUUUGUAAUACUUUGAUGUUUGCAUGGUGGCACCAGGCUCUGUUGCACCUCACCUGGACCCCAGAGGAAACGGCUCUUACCUCAACUUCUUUUGGUCAGUUUUUAUCAUUGGCUAAUCUGGUUUUGAGCCACCUUUCCCAGUUAGAGUACACUGGGACCCGUAGUGUCACAGGCUCACGGCGGACCUCUACGGUGGACAGGAACGCAGGUUUGUUGCCUUCGUUGAGAUCAUAGUUCUGCUUUUAGCUCACGUGGUGCCCCACCCGCAGCUAUCAGGAGUAUGUUGUGUUCACUUUAGGUUCAUUUUUAACCUUUACCAAAACCCUUUAAAAUACUAUGAAGGCUGUAACAGCGACACCUAGUGGUGACGAAUGUUAAUUUUCACCUUUUCUUCCGUUGUCUCUAGAAAUGUUAUAAAAACAAUCCUGAAAGAUGCAUAGAUCACGGUUUUUGCCACCCUUAGUGUUCCCUGAAUUUGAGAGUAACAGGAGAGUAACGUUUGGUAGGCAGACAUUGCUACACGGCAGGUUGGUUUGGAGACCGUCCUCUGUGUCUUCCCAGGCGUGAACAGUUAGUGUGUAAGGAGCCAACAUCAUGUUCUGCACAAAUCCUCUCAACAGGCAUCAUGAAGGGUAACGUGUGCAGGGGGUCCAGCGGGUCUUCAUGUCAUUACCAUGGAGUCUAGACACACUGGGGCUCUCUUCCUCUCCCAGUCUGAGAACUAGCCCAUUUCCAGUGUCAGUACUGGUUAGUUAUACAGCACAUUAGCUUUACAGUAAUAUUAGCAUUCAGAAAUGUCAGCCUGCCUUCAUAAACAUGAUUUUCUCUGAAAAAACUAAAGGUCUGGGCUGUCUCUUGUGGACAUUGUUGACAUUUUGUCCAUUGAAAUGUCCAUUUUCCUACUCUUAACAGGUUGAGCAUCUUGCGUCUUUUUCCAGCUACGUCACGCUGAUGAGAUUUCUAACGGACAAAGUGAAAGCAGGCGUGUCAGUAGUAGACAUGGUCCACGGGCAAUACUGUAAUAUUGACUGUACAUUUUGUAAACUUUGUACAAACAAAGGGAAAAAUAAACGAGAUGUCUAAAUAAGAUGUAAAUUUAAAAACUACAAUUACAUGCUGCUAAAGUCUGUAAAUUGCACUUAAGUUGUACUUUAAAGGUGAAUGUUUAU